AUGCCUUUCUUCACCUCUCCCAAUGCCUUCCACAAUGCCAAUUUCAUGGCAACCUCGUUCUCGAAUCUCAACAUCCCCGCGGUCCCCGGCAUGCCGUCUCAGCCUGCAAUGAACCAAGCCCAGUUGUCUUCUGGAAUGGCAACUCCACUUCCUCCGCACUCCUCACAUCCCGCGCUACCUCAUCUCACUAUGCUUGUCUUCGAAGCGGUCUUAGAGGUGGUUUGUGUCAGCUUGCCCGGCUAUAUUAUAGCCCGCCAGGGCAUGUUCACGGCAGAGAUGCAGAAGUUUGCUGCCAACCUCAACGUCACCGUCUUUACCCCAUGCCUCAUCUUCACCAAGCUAGCCUCCCAACUUACAACAGACAAACUUGCGGACCUUGCCAUUAUUCCCCUCAUUUUUAUAGUUCAAACACUCAUUUCAUACCUCUGUUCCAUCGCCGUAUCAAAGGCGUUUGGUUUUUCGAAGAGGCCUCGCAACUUUGUGAUCGCCAUGGGGGUCUUUGGCAAUUCCAAUUCGCUGCCAAUUUCCUUGGUCUUAUCGCUCUCACAGACUAUUAAGGGACUACAUUGGAACAAUGUGCCUGGGGACAACGAUGACGAAGUUGCGGCCCGCGGCAUACUGUACUUGUUGAUCUUUCAACAGCUUGGACAAUUAGUCAGAUGGAGCUGGGGCUACAACGUCCUGCUUGCGCCAGCGGAGAAGGUCAAGGGUACUGCUGAGAACGCCAACUCGCGCCUUGAGACGGGGGAGGCAGAAUUGGGGGAAAGCGAGCCUCUCAUGAGGGGAUCAUCGACUGAUGGAGAAGGAGAUGAGCAGGACGUCAGCGGCUCUGAUGAUACCAGGGUCGAAAGCCGAAAGGCUGGCAAGGGAAAUGCAAGCGGCUCCCAAUACGGAUCCGAAUUCAGGUCAGGACAGCAGACGCCGGAGACGCAUCGGCAACAUACCUCUUCAUUCUCCACAGCAUGCUCGAGUGGCGGUCUAAGCAAGUCUGGACCAGACCCUGACCUUUUGCCAACCCCAGCCAACGGUAACAUAAAACCUGCAGGACGGAUGAUGUCUUUCCCUUCAGUAUGGUCAAAAGCUGAUCCGAUCGACGGGGAUGUCCCACAAGGUCUGAAAGGGAUUCCAAUGCGAUGUCGAACGGCAAUGAAGAAAGCCACUUGUACAUUUUCCCGUUUCAUUUCAAAGACCUCCGGGUCAGCUUUCGGGGCCUUGCCAGGUCCAUUGCAAAGGUGCACGACCAAGAUUGCAACUGUGGUUGGAAGACUCUUGCUCGGGGUCUGGUCGUUCAUGAACCCACCUCUAUGGGCUAUGCUGGUAGCAAUCGUUGUGGCCUCCAUUCCGGAUCUACAAAGAUUCUUCUUUGCGAACGGCACCUUUUUUAAGAAUUCUGUGACAAGUGCCAUACGGCAAAGUGGAGGAGUAGCCGUCCCAUUGAUCUUGGUCGUGCUUGGCGGAAAUCUAGCGCGCAAUACACUCCCAGCAGAUCCAAGCCAUACUAGAGAAGAUGAGAAAGAAGAGACGAAGCUUCUCAUCGCCUCCAUUAUCAGCCGCAUGCUGCUACCAUUCAUCAUCAUGGCUCCUCUACUGGCGGUGACCGCAAAGUACGUACCCGUCAGCAUACUGGAUGACCCAAUAUUCGUGAUUGUUUGCUUUUUGAUCACCGGAGCGCCCAGCGCACUGCAAUUGGCGCAGAUCUGCCAGAUCAACAAUGUCUACAUGGGGACAAUGUCAAGGCUUUUAUUCCAGAGCUACGUGUGGUGGGAGAACGCGUUCCUACCACCACUACCAGUCACCGCAACCACCAACGCAGGCUCCAAUCCCUUAAAUUAUCGGCCGCAAGGUGCAAUCACUAUACUCCGUACGGAGUACAAGACCGACACCAUGUCGACCACAAAAUGCUCCUUCAAGCGUCCCUUCCAGCCUAGCAUCAGCUCGUAUUUUGGCCACCCUACCCGCGACAGUGCCCAAACACCCGGCACCCAAGUGCACACACCAAGCUUUGCCCUCCCCAACACCAUACAAUCCUCUUUGCUGAACGUUGGAAUGCGUGUUCGAAAAUCCGUUCCGGAGGGAUAUCAGACGCAGCGGAAGUUAUCUUGCGGCGUUCCCAGUGCCUAUAAUAAUCUUACGCCGGAGCGCAACAGCGUCACCCCAUCGCGCGGCUUCACCGGCCUGGUGCCAUAUUGCGGGAUCCUCAAGAUCGGUGGUCACAAUACGCAGCCAGCCCCCUCCGAAGAAGAUCUCCCGCCCUUGCAGUUUGAUAGCGAUGACUGGGGGUUUCUGUCAAGUCAAGAAUCGAAAGCAUCCUCCGAUUCCCUUCGACCCAUAGUCACUGUGCCCGUGGUGAGCAACCACAAACGCCGUCGCGAGGACGAAGAUGACGAGUUGGAUGUGGAAUCGCAGCCCGUCUCUCCUCGUUCCUACCCCCCAUUCAGCCAUACACGAAUGCCAAACUUGGAUCAAUUGAGGCCCAUCGCAGUGCCCAAGACGAGGAAGAAGCCCGUACUCGAAUCAUUUGAGCUGAAGGAGAGCGAGAUGAUUGACGUGGGAGGUUUUGGAGAGGCCGAAUUCUUCCGGCCAGACGAGUGGGAAAAUGAUUGGGGUCAUGCGAAGGAGACGUGA